AAACCGACCAAAAUCGAGCUAAAAAUAUGGGAGACGAGGCGGACAAGCGAACCGGCAAGGAGAAGCUGCUCUUCUACACCACCGCCUUCUUCAUCCUGCUUGGAACCUUCAGCCUGUUCGCCUUCCUCUUCCUGGUGCCCUUCGUCAUCGAGCCCGCCUUCACCACGAUCUUCAUGCAGUUCGAGGAGGUCCCCGCUUUGUGCGAAACCUACGACACGGAGAUCUAUUACGGGGCCAAGAACUGCUCGUGGUCAUCGUGCCGCGAGGGCUGCACCAAGGACAUCUACACGUGCACCCAGAUCCGGGUGAACUAUCGCCUCAAUCUCUACAACUACACCGAUGAGUUCAACUUCACGGAGUAUCACAUCAAUCUUAAGGAAGCGGAACGCAUAUUGCCGCCUGUGAAGAGAACGGAUAGAUAUGAGAGGGCUCUGAGGAGCGACUACGAGUACGAUAACCUGGGCGGUGGAACCGGUGGCACCGGCUUGGACAUCGACCUGGGUGGCGGGCGGCUGGAGCAAUUGAAUUUCGGCGAUGCCGAUGGCUCCAAUGGCUACCUCAUCGAGGAUUCCGAGGAUACGAGGGGUCUGAGUGCCUCGGGAACCCUCAUUCCCGACGAGCGUCGGCCCUUCGACGAGAUCUCCGAGCUGAACGAGGGGCUAAUGGGCAAUAGGUCCAUGUAUUACUAUGUCGGAGCCAGGCUCUUUCCGAACGUCAAGGGUUGUGGCUAUCCGCCCAUGCUCAAUUGUACCAUCUGGCUGAAGAGGUACACCAAGAUUGGGAUGAAGUUCCCCUGCUACUACUCCAAGGUGGACCCCAGUUUGGUCAUCAGCGAUUUGGACUACUGGCAGAACACCCUGAAUCUGGUGUAUUCGAUGGCCAUACCCAUACCCUCGUUCAUCAUCUCGGUGAUCUAUCUGACGUACGCGUACUUUAAGAUCUACAACGAGGACGAGGAGACGGCGCCGCUGGACAAGAAUGCCGAGGACAUGGACAUCGAUGACAUCGAUGCCGUGGACGAUAGUGACGGUGCUGUGCUGGCGGACAAUGUGGCCGGCAGCCAGAUCAUCAACAUGGACUCCACCACCAACGACAGUUGUCUGGAGGGCGUCCUGCCCAACGGCGGUCCCGGGAUGACCGCCUCCAUAUCGCAGGGUGGUUCGGUGACCACCCCCGGUCAUGGGUACAUCGCCCAGAGUCCGGCGGGCUCGCAAAUGACGCCCAACUCGGAGAUGAACUCGUUCGGCCACCAGCUGAAGGUCCAGAUGGCCGACGAGCUGUCCAGGGACUCGCUGGAGAACGGAGUGAUCUCCACGUCCAACUCAGUGCAAGGAAACUUGAGCAAGACGAUGACGACGAGUAUCUCAACUCCUCCUGGGCCGACGGCGGCAGUCUGAAACGUCAGGCGCAUGGUCUGGAAAAUGUUAGAUUCCGAUUCGGAAAAUGAGCCGCUGCUGGAUUCGUAGGCCGCCGAGCGGACAUCGGGUACCACGGAGCAGGCGGAGAUCAUCGGAGCAGAGACCCUACCAACCUUAACCAAAAAAAGAAGGAAAAGCCCAAAGAUAACCCCAAGUAUUUCUACCCGAAACAAUCGACAACAACGCAGCGAAUGCGACCGAACCUGAAUACCUUCAGAGCUGUUAGCGGCACCUAAAUGAACUAUGAUAGAUUAUAUAUAUUUACCUUAUGAACUAGCUACUCAGACACCCACACAACCAUUCACCCACAUAAAGAAGCACGCUAGAGAUCCGGAGUAACUCCGGACAUGCCACUCACCACCCACUCAAAAUUGCAAUACACGGGCAUUAUAGUAUCUGCACACAGUAUCUGAUAUCUGGAGGAUCGAUCUUAGGCGAUUGGUACAAAUACAAUAAAUACAUAGGCCGCAAGAACUCGAGCAUGGAGUGCUAUUCAUAUACCUAGAGGACAAAACUAUAAUACUUAUACACGCAUAUACAAAUAUUUACUUGAAUUAUUUUUCUAUUCGCAACAAUCGUCGUCGUCUCAAGGCAGAGAACACACAGAAACUCCACACAACCCAUUGCCCACAAAAAUCAAAUAAAAAAACCAAAAAUCCGAAUAAAGCUAAUAAAAGAAAAAACUGAGUAAAGCGCGCAACUUAUUUACAAAUCGAUAAAUCGAGGCGCUGAGGUUUUUUAAAUAUUGUAAUGCCCAUUCAAGUGCUGCAGACCGUAAAACACAAGCGAGGAAAACUCGAAACCAGAAAAACAAAUUAAAUUUAGCGUAUGAAAAGCGUCGUGUAUUUAAUUUAAACGUAAUGAUAAACGAAAGCAAGUCGAAUGCCUAUAUUUGAAGUAAAUUAAAUUAAAUUAAAAUUAAAUUUAAAUUAAAGUAAAUUAACUAACAAUUGUUAUCCUUCAAAUUAAUGCGGAUAAAAACUCACAGCUUUAACUAACUGAAACGGAGGCAUAAGAUUUUUCUUCUACAUAUUUAUUUUAUUAAGAUUAUUAACGGAUAAUGAAUAUUUAUAGGUCCUACAAAUGGUUCAAGCUAUUCAAUUAAAAAAACUUACAAAUAAAAUAUUGCAUUAAAUCUUAAUAAUUUAGGUCUGAAAUUAAAUAUAAAAUAACGUUUCCUUUUUAUAUUACAAACAAAACCAAAAACCAAACCAAGACAUUUCUAAAAUCAAAGGCGAAUAAUCUCGAAAUUCGUUGCCUAGGCAUAUAGAAGCAUCCGCAUCAGCAUCCGCAUCCGCAUCAAUAAACUGCACUUUUGCGCAUAAUGUAUCUAUGAUAAAUGAUAAGCGGCAAUGGAACUACACAGAAAAUCGUUUGUUUUUAACGACCAGUUUGGAGAUGGAAGAUAUAGUUAACGAGAGUCAAAGCAAUGGCAAAACAGAAGCGCAACUAUUAGCUAAUAUCAUGUAAAACAGACAAACAAAUAACAAAAUGCUACUAGAAUUGAAACCAAAUACAUGAAAAUCUCGAAAUAAAUACGCA